AACGUAGACGCCUACAUUUACGCUCUGCGGUAUGUAGGCAUAUAAGGGCUGGUUCAAUUGCUACGUGGCAAAAUAUUAUAUAGCCUCCCUUCCUACUAUUCCUACGCUUUAUUCUCCUUCAACCACCCUAUCCUUUCCCAUUUACACUUGCCGUGCUCCGCACAAUCGUCCUCGCCUUUCAAAACUCCAUUCCAAGCCACCGAUACAACGCGAGUCCGUCAUGACCAGACGCAUCCUCUGCCCGGCGUCAGAAGCGAGCGCGACUGCCCGACAGGUACCUCGCAAGCCGGGUUUUACGUCCAUUUCUCGCGCAUCCUACUCUUCCUCCUCGUCUUCCUCCUCCUCGAUCUCUGACGAAGAGGUGGUCGAUAUCCCGGAAGUCUUCAAUUCCCGGGAGACUUUGGAGUUCUGUGGGCUCAAUUCCGAGGUUUCAGCCCUCAUCUUCGACUCUUGGGAGAGGCUACAACAAACCCCAGGUGAGCUGGGGUAUGGAAACGACAUAAUCACGGAGGCAAAGCAUUUCGUUAGAGCAAUGGGCGAGCGGGAGGAUGCUUGGCUUCCGGAACAUGAUUGGCGACGUGCUCUGGUCGGGAUGGGUGCAACUCAGCGGCUUUGCGAUGCUAUCCUGGAUAGUGCUUUCGCUCAUCUCAGAAAGACACAAUCCGCUUCCUACUGGGUUCUGGACACUAUUGACAUCUCUUGGGAGUUUCUCGAGGGACUCGAUAAGAGAAUCCGCAAGAAGCGGGAUGAGACGAGGGAUCUUGUCACCCCCUCACCGAGCAUCCAGCCGGGACUCUUAGGUACCUACCGCGGACCUUCUGUCCUCAGGACAGCUACCAUCGAUGCUGUCCCGUCGAGCGUGGAGGGAAGGACUAUGCUUUUUAAGGGGGGCGCCAUGGCCGGGUUGGUGUCGGUUUUCAACGAUGACGGGUCUCUUAACCUGGCCCGACUUUGGUCACGUAACCCGACGGAUUUCCAUCGUUGCAAAGAUGUUUUGCUGUACUUCACUAAGCACGUCGACGUUGCCGAGAUUUACGCCGACUACACCAUGCGUCGUGUCUCUCCUGAGGAGGGGGUGGUCCUUCAUUUUGCCGUCCCGUCGGAGCUCCUCGAGGACCACCGAGAGAUUUUUGACCCCGAAUGGCAGCAGCUAGUAUUCUGGUCUCGAGGCCCGGCUAGUUUCGACAGAUUAUCCGUCCCUCCUCACCUCACUCAGUUCACGGAUGCCCCGCUUCUCAUUGGCUGUAUUUACGGGAUGCCCAAUAAGGCGGUCGCUAGACUUGACAGGUCCUCCGAUCUUACUGGUCAGUACAUGAAGACGAGAAAUGGAGGAAAUGCAACUCAGUAUGUCUUCCAGACUGAGGCUAUUCAGAUACAGCUCCAGAACCAGUGUCGUGGCUGGGUCUGGUACCAGUCUAUGCGGUACGCGAGGGACUUCGCUAUGCGGUUCUUGCCGCCUGAUGAGGCUUGAGGAAAUGGCUGGGCGGUGGACAUAUAUGGAUGAGAGCUGAGGGGAAUAAAAGGUUCUAUGAGGAAGUGGUGUCGUGUGAAACGUAGACGCCUACAUUUACGAUGGCGCGCAUACAGACUUGUAUGACAUUAAUAGUGGACGUUCACGGACGAGGGCUGACUUGGAGGGGGAUGGGAUGAGGUGUUUUCAUGCAUCUCAGUGGGGAUUAAGGAGGUUGCGGCGCUGGUUUUAUGCACAUUAGAGAUACCCUCGUCGAAACGGCAUUGAGUAUCAAUACCAGCACAUUUCGUUAGGAUCCAAAAUUAGGCACCCUGCCCAAUUCUAGGCCACCUGUCUAUGUGUAAGUAAAAUGGCAAGCAGGCCUAGUCAAGGUGGUCACAAUGAUGUUAAGCAAGAACUGGGGAGAGCGUAAGACUUCAACCUGAC